AUGAAGACAGCAAUUUUACUACCAGCCUUGGCCUCCUCAACCGCUGCGUUUCGUGGUGGUUAUGGUGUCGGCGGAGCUUUUGAAAACAUGACCACCAACCAAUGGCAAGCUCGUUUCGAAGACGCCAACGCAACGGGAACAUAUUAUUUCGACGCCUACAAUGUAUCAGAAAGUUUCCCGCCUAACAAAACCACCAGCGGCUGGUCGGCUACCAUUCGCGUGGCUAAUAUCACUGAUGAUCCUGACCCAGAGAGCAUUCCCUAUCCAGGCACCGACAUCAGUAUCAAAGCUCCAGAUGGGAUGAAGCUACCGGAGUCCAACUCUACCGGGUGGCAGGCCUGUGCGACUUUCUGGCCUCCUGACCUUCUCACUUCUGGGGCAACGAGUGAUGCUCAACACGAUGAUGGAGACUGUAGCUCUUUUCUUUCUCAAGAAUGCAUUGGAGCCAUCAAGGCUUCAGCAAAUGGCUAUAUUGGCAAUGGAGGGAGAUGUACAAACAUCGCCAGUAUCCCUUCUUCGUGUGAGAAGUGGUAUGGGGGGUUGGGGACCACAGGUAGUGGCAGCAUUGGGAACUUUAGUAGGCGCUUCAACGGCAGCACCCUUUUCUCCGAGCGUCCACAGCUCAUAGGAUCAAGUGAGCACACGAAGACUGAGGAGGAGGCUUACGAAGAAGCUGUUCGUGGCGUUUGGACUGUCAUAAUUAACUGGGGUCGCCGUUCCUCGUUUUCUUAUAGUCCUGGUGAUGUGUUGCAGCCAACAGUGUUGUGCUUGCGUACGAGAAAUAUCACAGAAGGAAGCGAGGAUCCCAAUGCUGGCUCGAGAACAGUAGCCUACGUGCCUAUGGCGCUGUUCGUAUCCACGCUGGCUACAAUCAUGUUAGCAUAUUAG